UCCGGCACUGGCGCUGCUGAGCUGAAGAUGUCGGCGGCGAGCCGGGAGGAGCGCUCUGGUCCUCCCGGCGGCUUCGCGAAGCGGGUCCUGGUGACCGGGGGUGCUGGUUUCAUUGCAUCCCAUGUGAUUGUCUCCUUAGUAGAAGAUUAUCCCAACUAUAUGAUCAUAAAUUUAGACAAGCUGGAUUACUGUGCAAGCUUGAAGAAUCUGGAACCUGUCUCUAACAAGCAAAACUACAAGUUUAUACAGGGUGACAUUUGUGACUCUCACUUUGUGAAGCUGCUGUUUGAAGUAGAGAAAAUAGAUUUGGUACUACAUUUUGCUGCACAGACACACGUAGAUCUUUCAUUUGUCCGUGCCUUUGAGUUUACGUACGUCAAUGUUUAUGGUACUCAUGUUUUGGUAAAUGCUGCUUAUGAAGCCAGAGUGGAGAAAUUUAUUUACGUCAGCACAGACGAAGUGUAUGGAGGCAGUCUGGAUCAGGAGUUUGAUGAAUCCUCACCCAAACAGCCUACAAACCCUUACGCGUCAUCAAAAGCAGCUGCUGAGUGCUUUGUGCAGUCCUACUGGGAACGAUACAAGUUCCCAGUUGUCAUCACAAGAAGCAGCAAUGUCUAUGGACCACAUCAGUAUCCAGAAAAGGUUAUUCCAAAAUUCAUAUCUUUGCUGCAGCACGACAGGAAGUGGUAUGUUGUUUACUUCUGCAUUCAUGUCCGCACUCUGCAUACAGUGCUCAGUAUAACCUGGAGCCACAGAGGCCAUGGGCUCAGCGUCCUGCAGCUCAGGAACGCUUUCUCCACUCCAUGUGGUGUUUUCAUAACUAAAGUGCGUCCUCAGGACUGUAUCCACGGGUCAGGGCUUCAGAGGAGACACUUCCUCUAUGCCGCUGACGUGGUGGAAGCCUUCCUCACAGUCCUCACAAAGGGAGAGCCAGGCGAGAUUUACAACAUCGGGACCAGCUUUGAGAUGUCAGUCGUCCAGCUUGCCAGAGAACUGAUCCAGCUGAUCAAAGAGACCAAUUCAGAGUCGGAAACGGAGAGGUGGGUGGACUACGUGAGUGACAGACCUCACAAUGACAUGAGAUAUCCAAUGAAGUCUGAAAAAAUUCACAGUUUAGGAUGGAAGCCCAAAGUGCCAUGGGAAGAAGGAAUAAAGAAGACAGUCGAGUGGUACCGAAAGAAUUUUCACAACUGGAAGAAUGCAGAAGAGGCGUUAGAACCCUUUCCAGUCCGGCCACCAUUCAUGUAACUGCCAGUUGCAGAGGACGCCAUCCUACCUCAGCUGGUGAUUUGAAUCAGUCACAUCACCUAAAUGAAGUGCCAUCUUCUCUCCUGGGCUGAGCAUGAUGCCCUCAGCACUGGAUGGGAUGUAGAGUCUUCAGCAGUGUCAGUGUUGGUCCAGAAGUCACUGUGCAGAUUCCCUUGGCAAGACUCCUAGAUGUUAGUCCAGCAGAAGCCUUAGAUGUGGGCAGGACAGGGCCCUGGCUCUGAAAACAAAGGCAGCAAGUGGUAUUUGGGGAUGGCAACCUGGGCUGCUUUAGACUUCUGCUGGCUCCCAGCCUUCCCCAGUACCGGGUGGUCUCAGAUUUUCUGUCCUGACUAUAUUUUCUAAGGUCUGAUGAUGUGAAAAUUGAACAAAAUGGAAGACUAUCUAGCACUUUUAAACUUUUGAUAAUUGUGUAAAAUUAAGUUAAAUGGAUUUGAAAGAUAAAAUGUAAAUUUCUUACAUUUUUGAAAUGAGUUGUUGAUUUUAUAUAACCUGUAUCAGAAGUUUUAUCAUGUAUCUACAAUUUACAAUAGUUUUAUUUAUGAAAGUGUCAAUAUAUUUUAAUAUAUUAAAUGCAGAUUCUGGCUUUUUUA